AUGAUAGACCACGUUCUUGGCCGCCCAUCGGCCAAGUCGAGGAGGCUACAAGUCCUCGCAGUCCUCUCGUUCUGGACAUUCUACCUCUUCAAAGGACACAAGCAUGGCCCUCCAGGAGCCCAAACCAUAUCCAGGAUAUUAACCAAAUACCUCACCGCCUGGCAGACGAUCGUGGCCACCUUCAUGUACAUCUAUGCCGCCCACAACUUCUCCUCCCUCGUCGGCCUCGCCAGUCCCGAACCCAUGUCUAACAUGUACGACGCUACCUUCUUCCGCGCCACCUGGGUCCUAACCGCUCUCGACGCCGGUUUCUGGACGGCCAUGAAGAUCCGCUCCAGGCGCCUUCGAGACCUGGCGAGCAUCGUGUUUUCCGUGUUCUACCUCGUGGCGGCCGAGAAGGCCGACGAAAAGGUCCGCAAAGUCAGGAGCAUGAUUACCGUCGACCAUCUCAGAGUGGCGUGGAACAAGGGCAAGACGCCGUACCUCAGCUUUUUCCAGGGGCUUAUGCGGCCUCGCUUUACGCGCUGGCCCGCCCGUGCGCUUCGCAUUCCGAGGCCUGCCGAAAGCGAUUACAAGGAACCCGUGUCGGCUUGGUUGUAUUAUGAUGGGCCUCUUUCGGAUCUGGAGCAUCAUAAUAGGGUUAUCUUGGAUAUUCCAGGAGGUGGAUUUGUCGCCAUGGAUCCGAGGUGUAACGACGAUAAGCUUUUCUGCUGGGCCGCGAAGACGGGUCUCCCCGUGUUAGCCCUCGAUUACAAGAAGGCACCGGAGUUCCCCUAUCCCUAUGCCAUCAAUGAGUGCUUCGACGUCUACUGCACCCUAGUCAAGACGAAAGGGAGAUGCAUCGGGCUGUCAGGCCGCAACGUGCCCAGAAUCGUCAUGACAGGCGACAGCGCGGGAGGAAACCUUGCGGCCGCCACGACGCUCAUGAUCAUCGAACGCUCUAAGAAUCCCUUGGGCCGCAACUUGACGACCGUCGAGCUACCCAUGCCAGAUGGGCUGGUCCUAUUUUACCCUUCCCUAGACAUGAACAUCGGCAACUGGAUGUCGGAGGAGCAAAUGUCUCUCAUCCGCGACCGCCAGUUCAGGAAGCGAAACAAGAGUAUCAUGCGCCGCAAGGCGAGACAAUACACCGACAUCGCCCUGACCCCCCAUCACUCCGACAAUGAAGACGAAGAGCCCUCAAAGCACGCCUCCGAGGACACCUCCUCUCAAAAGUCGGUCGAAGCCGGUCCCCCACCAUCCCCCGAGGCUCUCCGUAGCACUCACCCCGAAUACACGCACAGCGGUCCCCUCUCCCUCACCACGGAACCCGCGAAACCACCGCCGUCAUCAUUGUCAUCCAAGCCCGGCGAAGAGCCCAAAUCCCCCUCCUCCUCCCACCGCCCGGAACUCAUGCAAACGCGCCUCGCCGUAUCCUCCAUGAUCUCCUACUUCAACGACCGCGUCCUCACCCCCGAGAUGAUGCGCGCCAUGAUCAUCCUCUACAUCGGCCCCCACAACCGCCCAGACUUCUCCUCCGACUACCUCCUCUCGCCCAUCCUCGCCCCGGACGCCCUGCUGGCCCACUUCCCCAAGACGUGGUUCCUCACGGGCGAACGCGAUCCCUUAGUCGACGAUACCGUCAUCUUCGCGGGGCGUCUCACGAAGGUUAAAGAAGCGGUGGCGGAGCAGAAGGCUCGCGGCCUACACGUGUCCAAGCCGCCCAAGUUCGAUGAGAAGGACGCUGCUGAGGUGAUUCUCAUCCCGGGGAUCUCGCAUGGAUUCCUCCAGUUUCCUACCGUUUAUCCGCCCGCAUGGAAACACCUCGAGCGUUCGGCGGGGUGGAUCCAAGACCUCUUCAUCCACGCCCAAAGAGUCAGACGUCGAGAACAACAAAUCCUCCAGCGCCAACAGCAGCGAGAAGCAGCCGCCGCAGCCGAAGAAGAAGAACAGGAACGGGCAAACUACCACGCGCGCACCGAGUCGAGCGGCGACGAGGAUAAAUUCCUCGAGAUGGCGAUGACGAAGAUGCGCGUCAGGUCUCCUCCCAAAGGCAAUAAAGUCAGCAACGGUGGAGCGGACGACGGCGAGCCUGCACGGGGCCGUGGGAAGAAACCGGGACGGAGGGGAGGUCACGGUAGGGGGUCGAAGAGCUUGGUGAAGUUGAAUAGUGAGGAGGAUUUAUUGGGGAGGAGGAUGAAGGGGCUUACGAAUGGGUUGGCGGGGAGGGAGGAUGAUGACGAAUGA